AUGCAGAAAGUUAUCAGCAAGUCUAAUGUCUGCAGUUUUGUGAUUUCAGACCAUCGAGGAGUGCAGCUCAGUGGUGGCAGCGAUCUCUGUUCUGGGAGAGUUGAAGUAGUGCAUGGGCAGACCUGGGGAACGGUCUGUGAUGCUGACUUUGACUGGCAGGAUGCAGAGGUUGUCUGUCGGCAGCUGAAGUGUGGAAUUCCUAAAGAGGUGCUGGGAGGAGCCCCUUUUGGAGAGGGACAGGGUACGGUCUGGUGUGAGGAGAUGCAGUGCCAGGGAAAGGAGCCCCACAUCAGUAGGUGUUUGACUUCAGCCAGCAAGAAGCAGAGCUGCACACAGAGGAACGAUGUGGGUCUUGUCUGUUUCGGGUACACUGAGUACAGGCUGGUGGGUGGCCCGGACUCCUGUUCUGGUCGAGUGGAGCUGCAGUACGAUGGUCAGUGGGGGACGGUCUGCGAUCGCUAUUGGGAUCUACAGGACGCCACAGUUCUCUGCAAGCAGUUGAAUUGUGGGUACACUGUAUCAGUCCCGGGACAGGCCUGGUUUGGUGAAGGCAGCGGUGAUGUACGGGCUGAUAUAUUCGACUGUGAUGGCAGUGAGACACACAUAUCAAAUUGCUCCAUCUCUGCAUGGGGACGAGGUGCCUGCACUCAUAGCAAUGAUGCAGGAGUGAAUUGUUCAGGUCCAUUGCUACCAGCACAAGCAGGUCGAGUCAGGCCUCUACCAAGUAAAUGCAACACCAGCAAUGAAGGGACCACGCUGUGCUCAGGUUAGUGCAAUUCAAACUCUUGUGUUAAUAAGUUAUUUCAAUGUGACUAUACUGACAUUACUGCCAUGGGUACAGUCUGUGACAAGGAUUCUUAUCUGAAAAUCGGCACGCAUUAUCAUAGGGUUAUUAUUUAUAUUAUUACUAACUGAUUCUGUGCCUAAGCUGAGGUGAUUGUGUUAUUGAUGUUUGCUUCUGAU